AUGCGUCUUCUGCAGAUCAACAACGAUGACGACCUCAGCCUCGUCGAAUAUUUUGGAACCGACAUUCCUCCAUAUGCCAUUCUAUCGCACACAUGGGGUGCUGACGACGAGGAGAUCUCAUUCAAGGACGUCAAAAAGAACCGUGCACGAAGCAAACCUUCCGCGUAUCGCAAAGUUCGCUUUUGUGGAGAGAUAGCUCGGAGAAACGGCAUCUUUUUCUUCUGGGUCGAUACAUGCUGCAUCAAACAGGAGAGUAGCCAGGAGGUCGGUGAGGCGAUCAACUCCAUGUAUCGAUGGUACCACGAUGCGGUCAUUUGUUACGUGUAUCUUACCGAUGUUACCGUUGGAACCGUCACGCAUGAGGGCAUAGCGUCUGUCUCAGAUUGGUCCACAGCCUUCCGAAGCAGCAGGUGGUUUACUCGGGGCUGGACACUCCAGGAACUCCUUGCGCCUGUGUCUAUCGAAUUCUACUCUAAGGACGGUUAUCGACUGGGGGAUCGGACCACACUCGUCCAACAGAUUCAAAUGAGCACCGAUGCACCGACAUUCGGCCCUGGAGAAGGGCAGUGGAAUAGUCUCAGCUUCCAACACAAUGAAGACUACUCGUCCAGUCUCAGUCUAGAUGGGACACACCCAACAUUGAGGUGCCAACGGCGUGACUCCGGCUGGCCUGAAGCUAUGUUGCCCGACAUUUACCAUGGCCCUUCGACGCCGUACCAACAAUAUGGCAGCCUGAGGGGGGAUCUUUCUAUCUUUCUUGCGCUUAUGGCUCUUUCAGUCAAACCCGACAUGCUCGCAUCAUUGAUGCCAUACCUGCGACAUGACGCCAAAUGGCAAUGCCGUGAAGACUACCCAAACGGAAGACUUGACAAGCGUGGUGUGGUCGUGUACGUGUACUGUGGCACGGAACCGGGUAGCACGUCCGAAGAUCUUCAAGCGUAUGAGGCCGGGCGAUAUGGAAACUAUUUCGAUUAA